GAUAAUGUUCAAAAGGUGCCGGCACAUGGGCCUUCACUAAGGGGUAGUGGCUGCAGUUAUCACCAGAGCAGACAAGGGUUUCUAAACUCAGGGCCGGUGUUGCGGGGGAGGGUAUUAGAAUUUCUUGGGAUUGGAUCUGUUGGUUUUGUAGACGUGUUGGUCAACCUUCUGUUUCCUCCCUGUCCCUCUAAGCUGUGCCCACGUGGCUGGAGAAGCCCCAAGACAGCCAGCUGGAGGAGGGCAAGCCAGGCUAUUUGCAUUGCCUGACCCAGGCCACACCCAAACCCACAGUCUCCUGGUACAGAAACCAGAUGCUCAUCUUGGAGGACUCACGGUUCGAGGUCUUCAAGAACGGGACCUUGCGCAUCAAUAGCGUGGAGGUGUACGACGGGACGUGGUACCGCUGCGUGAGCAGCACCCCCGCUGGCAGCAUCGAGGCCCAGGCCCGUGUCCAAGUGCUGGAAAAGCUCAAGUUCACACCACCGCCCCGGCCGCAGCAGUGCAUGGAGUUUGACAAGGAGGCCACGGUUCCCUGCUCAGCCACAGGCCGAGAGAAGCCCACUAUUAAGUGGGUCCGGGCAGGUGGGUACUGUGUGAGCAUGGGGUGGGGGCAGCAGGCAGUCCACUGGUCAGAUGUAUGCCUGUCUGAGGACCAGCUGAGCGCCCGAAACUUUGGGAUAGACAAGAAAUGUAGGGGCCGAUUUAUGGUCCAGUUAGAAAAAAAAAAGCCAGACACAAAAGAGGUCAGAUUACAGCGUUAG